AUGGCUUCACUCUUCCGCAUUGCUGCGCUUCUUUUUCCAUUGGCCGCUUCUGGCCUUCACAUAUCAACGACUCUGGAGUAUAGCCACUUUACGCGGCGCCUGGUGAACAUAACUCAAGCUCAGCACGAGCUAGGCUCGCACUUAUCUUCAGCGGCGACGAUAUUUGGUCCCACGGACCCCGACUGGGCCAAUGCGACGGAGCGGUACACAACAUACGCGCCGCCAAAGAUCCAACUCGUGGUGGUGCCGGGCAUAGAGUCUGAUAUUCCCACGAUAGUCAAAUGGUCCAACCAGAACAGCCUGCCGUUCCUCGUCAAGAACCGCGGUCAUUCUUUAACGAGCUCGACUGGAAAGUUCAAUGGCAUUCAGAUCGACAUGUCUGGUCUGCGGAACAUCGACAUCCAACCCGAUGGAAAGACGGCAUGGUUCCAAGGCGGAACCUAUGAUGGCCAAGUGAUGGAGUACCUUUGGGAUCGAGGCUAUGUCGCGACAACUGGAUCCUGCGCUUGCGUUGGGAUGAUGGGCCCAGGGCUUGGCGGCGGUCACGGACGCUAUCAAGGCCUAUACAGCUUGAUCAGCGACAACCUGGUCAACUUAAAUGUCGUACUAGCAGACGGCUCUGCUGUCGUAGUGAAUGAGACUGAGAACUCGGGCCUGUGGUGGGGCAUGCAGGGCGCAGGACACAACUUCGGCAUUGUCACCAGCUUCGAACUCAAGAUUUAUCCGAAGAACCUCGACACAUGGCACUACCAUAACUACAUCUUUACCCAGGAUAAGCUUGAACCAUUCUUCGACGCUUUGAACACACUUCACAAUAACGGGUCCACUCCCGUGCUCAUGGCUUUGGAAAUGGGUGGAUUUGCCAUGGAUCCAACCAUCAGUGAGACAGAAGCUAUCCUCACGUGGUCUUUUGGAUACGCUGGCCCAGCCGAAGAUGCCGAGAAGUUGCUCGAGCCAUUCAACCAGCUUGGCCCCGUCCAUGAGGACACUGGCGACGUCCCAUUCCCUGAUAUCCCAGCGGCUAUGGGGACUGGACAAGAUGAGCCCAUCUGCUCAGGAAAUCAGACGCACAUACAAUCGUCAGCCGGCUUGCAGGUGUACAAUAUCACUGCGGAACGCCAGAUAUAUACUCAUUUCAACCAGAUGAUUGCAGAUCACCCUGAGUUCGCCGUCUCUGUCGCUUUUCACGAGGGCUACGCAACCGAGGCCGUCACCAAAGUCGACCCGGCUCUCUCGGCCGUCCCGUACCGGGACUACUACCUCCUCACAUACUUCGAGGUCAAGGUCCCCACCGACACUUCUACUGAGCUGAAAGACCUGGCUCACAAGUACUCCCAAGAGAUCCGAGACCUAUGGAAUGCCGGUGCUCCGGAUCUCAAGCCCUUGACCUACGUAAACUACGCCUUCGGUGACGAGUCACUGGAAUCCAUAUAUGGUUACGAGCCUUGGCGAUUGGAAAGACUGCGCGGUCUGAAGCAACAGUAUGAUCCGAACAAUGCGUUUGCCUAUUACAAUCCGAUUAUAUGA